CUUGGAUCCGCGGGACAAGAAAAUUCAUGCGAGGGAGAACUGGUGGGCGGUCCUUCCUGUGACACGACCCUUGAGUGACAGUUCUAUUUGAUUGCCUCCAGUACUGUGAGGAAAGGACACGACUCUAUGGUGAGGACUGAUGGACAUACAUUAUCUGAGAAAAGAAACUACCAGGUGACAAACAGCAUGUUUGGUGCUUCAAGAAAGAAGUUUGUAGAGGGGGUCGACAGUGACUACCAUGACGAAAACAUGUACUACAGCCAGUCUUCUAUGUUUCCACAUCGGUCAGAAAAAGAUAUGCUGGCAUCACCAUCUACAUCAGGUCAGCUGUCUCAGUUUGGGGCAAGUUUAUACGGGCAACAAAGUGCACUAGGCCUUCCAAUGAGGGGGAUGAGCAACAAUACCCCUCAGUUAAAUCGCAGCUUAUCACAAGGCACUCAGUUACCGAGCCACGUCACGCCAACAACAGGGGUACCAACAAUGUCACUUCACACGCCUCCGUCUCCAAGCAGGGGUAUUUUGCCUAUGAAUCCUAGGAAUAUGAUGAACCACUCCCAGGUUGGUCAGGGCACUGGAAUUCCUAGCAGGACAAAUAGCAUGAGCAGUUCAGGGUUAGGUAGCCCCAACAGAAGCUCGCCAAGCAUAAUAUGUAUGCCAAAGCAGCAGCCUUCUCGACAGCCUUUUACUGUGAACAGUAUGUCUGGAUUUGGAAUGAACAGGAAUCAGGCAUUUGGAAUGAAUAACUCCUUAUCAAGUAACAUUUUUAAUGGAACAGAUGGAAGUGAAAAUGUGACAGGAUUGGACCUUUCAGAUUUUCCAGCAUUAGCAGACCGAAAUAGAAGGGAAGGAAGUGGUAACCCAACUCCAUUAAUAAACCCCUUGGCUGGAAGAGCUCCUUAUGUUGGAAUGGUAACAAAACCAGCAAAUGAGCAAUCCCAGGACUUCUCAAUACACAACGAAGAUUUUCCCGCGUUACCUGGUUCCAGUUAUAAAGAUCCAACAUCAAGUAAUGAUGACAGUAAAUCUAAUUUGAAUACAUCUGGCAAGACAACUUCAAGUACAGAUGGACCCAAAUUCCCUGGAGAUAAAAGUUCAACAACACAAAAUAAUAACCAGCAGAAAAAAGGGAUCCAGGUGUUACCUGAUGGUCGGGUUACUAACAUUCCCCAAGGGAUGGUGACAGACCAGUUUGGAAUGAUUGGCCUGUUAACAUUUAUCAGGGCAGCAGAGACAGACCCAGGAAUGGUACAUCUUGCAUUAGGAAGUGACUUAACAACAUUAGGCCUCAAUCUGAACUCUCCUGAAAAUCUCUACCCCAAAUUUGCAUCACCCUGGGCAUCUUCACCUUGUCGACCUCAAGACAUAGACUUCCAUGUUCCAUCUGAGUACUUAACGAACAUUCACAUUAGGGAUAAGCUGGCUGCAAUAAAACUUGGUCAAUACGGAGAAGACCUUCUCUUCUAUCUCUAUUACAUGAAUGGAGGAGACGUAUUACAACUUUUAGCUGCAGUAGAGCUUUUUAACCGUGAUUGGAGAUACCACAAAGAAGAACGAGUAUGGAUUACCAGGGCACCAGGCAUGGAGCCAACAAUGAAAACCAAUACAUAUGAGAGGGGAACAUAUUACUUCUUUGACUGUCUUAACUGGAGGAAAGUAGCUAAGGAGUUCCAUCUGGAAUAUGACAAAUUAGAAGAACGGCCUCACCUGCCAUCCACCUUCAACUACAACCCUGCUCAGCAAGCCUUCUAAAAAAAGACUUCCCUUUUCUUGGGGUAUGGCUGUCUCAGCACAAUACUCAACAUAACUGCAGAACUGAUGUGGCUCAGGCACCCUGGUUUUAAUUCCUUGAGGAUCUGGCAAUUGGCUUACGCAAAGGGUCACCAUUUGAGGUCCUGCCUUACUAAUUAUGUGCUGCCCAACAACUAAAUUUGUAAUUUGUUUUUCUCUAGUUCGAGCAGGGUCUGAAUUUUUUCAUUUAUUUUCUUUUUUGCCAGCAGACAGACUUGGGUCUGUAAAGACAAGCAAGUACACUGAAAGAAGUUUACCAUUUAGUUUCUAAAAUGUAAAAAAGAAAACCCACAAAAGACUCAACAGAAUUAGACCACAAAAUUUGCAUUGUUCAUUGUAGCACUAUUGGUAAUAAAAUAACAAAUGUUUGUGCAUUUUUAUGUGAAGAUCCUUCUCGUAUUUCAUUUGGAAAGAUGAGCAAGGUCUGCUUCCUUCAUUUUACUUCCCCUUCUGUUUUUGAAAGGCAGUUUCGCCAAGCUUAACGCAAGAAUAUAUGACUGUUUAGAAGAAAGAUAUUGCCACAAUCUCUGGAUGGUUUCCAGGGUUGUGUUAUUACUGAGCUUCAUCUUUCCAGAAUGAGCAAAACACUGUCCAGUCUUUGUUACGAUUUUGUAAUAAAUGUGUACAUUUUUUUAAAAUUUUUGGACAUCACAUGAAUAAAGGUAUGUAUGUACGAAUGUGUAUAUAUUAUAUAUAUGACAUCUAUUUUGGAAAAUGUUUGCCCUGCUGUACCUCAUUUUUAGGAGGUGUGCAUGGAUGCAAUAUAUGAAAAUGGGACAUUCUGGAACUGCUGGUCAGGGGACUUUGUCGCCCUGUGCACUAAAGGGCCAGAUUUUCAGCAGCCAAGGACAUCCAUACCCAAGUGAAUGUGAUGGGACUUAAAGAAGUGAACUGAGACAAUUCACUCUGGCUGUUUGAACAGCAGCAUUUCAUAGGAAGAGAAAAAAAGAUCAAUCUUGUAUUUUCUGACCACAU